AUGGUUAACACAUCCGUUUCUUACCUCAGAUACUCAGGCCAUAAUUUAAAAGUAUAUUAUCUUGGAGAAACAACUGGGGUUGGCUUUGGAAGAGGAGCAAAUAAAGUCACCAUUCGCCGGCGCACCAACCUCGCCAAGUCCUCACUCAGUCGAGGCACCACAGGACGAGAUCCGGAAUCGAGAACGCAGCGAAACCACCGGUGGCAGACCAGAGAGCUGGAAGAUGUUUGUCGACAUGGCGCCCCAGCUCAGGGCCUUGAGGAGUGGGAGCAGCGGGAGAGUGAGGUGGUGGUGGUGACGGAAGGGGGAGGCAUAGCGAUGCAGCAGCAGCAGCAGCUUGCAGCACAGAAGGAAGGGCUCGGGCAGCCAGCUGUGGGUGAGGGUCAUCAGCAGGACUUGGCCGAGGUCGUCGACGAGGAAGCCACCGAGGCUCUGCCAGCAAGCAACCCGAGAUCCCCUAAGAGCACCGUUUUCGACUGCGUGGGACACGCACCCAGCCGCUUGCCAGACGCCAACCCAAUACCGAAUCGUAUGGAGGGAAUAUCCAAACAGGUCGGAUUCUUGGGUCAACGAAGACGACAUGCGAAUUUCAAUGCUACUCGCCUUGCGAAACGAUCCUCUCAAGAAAAUUUUCAAGUACCUAGUCGAUAA